UUGCUGUCGGCGAGAGGGAGCGUCGGUUGGUUCACGGCGCGUGCGAUAGACGACGCGCUGCGCGCGCUCGAGGACGAGUCGCUGGGGGGAGGCCACGGGGCGUGCGUGACGGCGUGCGCGGCGUUUCUGGGAGACUUGGAACUCGUGCGGAUGGCGCGCGAGUGCGGGCACGAGUGGGACGCGUACACGUGCCAGUUUGCCGCCAAGUAUGGAGAGUUGGAGUGUUUGAAGUACGCGCACGAGCACGGGUGUCCUUGGGACGAGGGGACGUGCCGGUGUGCCGCCUAUAGUGGACAUUUGGAGUGUUUGAAGUACGCGCACGAGCACGGGUGUCCUUGGGACGAGUGGACGUGCUCAUUUGCCGCCAUGCAUGGACAUUUGGAGUGUUUGAAGUACGCGCACGAGCACGGGUGUCCUUGGAACGAGGAGACGUGCGCAUGUGCCGCCUAUACUGGACGUUUGGGGUGUUUGAAGUACGCGCAAGAUCACAGCGCGCCGGAAUCGGCGCGAUACGUCGUCGGUUGGCAACGAAUAUGCGCCUGUACGACAGAUUUGAUUGUCCAAAUCGCAUUGUCGCGUCAACGUGACGGGUACGUGUCGCUGCGCGAGCUCACGCCUGCGGUGAAUCACUUCCUUCGCGCUUGGCCCGAACUUGACUUGCCAGAAGACGUGAUACGAUGGAUUCUGUUCGACGCCGACCUCAAACCGAUGACAUCGCGCGCGCGAUUCUCGAGAAUGAUCGCGCUGUACGCCACGAAAUGA